AUGGACGGAGACCAGAACGAGCUGCAAGUCCUAGGGUUCCUCGGCAUCUACAGGGAGACCUCCAAGAUCAUCCUCAAAUGGAGGAAGAUAUUCGCCCAGAUCACGCUCGCUCUCAUCCUCCCUUUCUGCGUCAUCUUCCUCGCCGACCCCUUUGUCUCGCAGCUCCUCUCCUUCAAGAAGGAGCCGGUUGCUUUCUGCCUCGUCCAGGUCGGCUACUUCAUCUUCCUCUUCAUCUUCUCUCUCCUUUCAACCGCAGCUGUUGUCUAUACGGUAGCCUGCUUUCGCGCUGCCAAGCAGAUUAGUUUCAAGAAGAUCAUGAGCAUCCUGCCCAGAGUGUGGAAGAGGCUCAUGGUCACUUUUUUCUGGUGCUUCGCACUCUUCUUUGUGUACAACGUUGUGGCUGUAGUGCUUCUGAUCGUAUGGCUUGUCAUGGUGAGGCAAUUUUCGGUUGGCCCUGCGCUUGGGAUUGCCGUGGCGGUCAUUCUCUUGAUCUUGUACAUCGUUGGGUUUGUUUAUAUCACCAUGAUUUGGCAAUUGGCGAGCGUGAUCUCGGUUCUUGAAGAUGCGUAUGGAAGGAAGGCGAUGGCAAAGAGCAAGGGACUAAUAAAGGGCAAGAUGGGCCUGUCGGUUUGGUGUUUUCUUGGUGUCUUGGUGUGCUCCGUGCUGGUUCAGGCACUGUUUGAAUUCCUUGUGGUCUUGGACUUGGUUCCUAAUGGAAUCAGGGUUCCUAUUGGAAUCAGGAUUGGGGUUGGGCUGAUCUGCUUGUUGUUGGUGACGAUGCUGGGGCUGUUCGAUUUGGUCGUGCAGACAAUGAUCUACUUCGUCUGCAAGUCCCACCACCACGAGAACAUCGACGGCUCCUGCGUGUCUGAUCAUCUCGAGGGCUGUCUUGGAGGAGACUGUCCCUCUGAAGGCCAAAAGGCUGUCCAGCUUGAGCAACUUCAAGUCUGA